UUGUAUGUUUACAAAACUUUGAAAUUUUAAAACUCAAGAAAAUCGAAAAAGGUUUAAUCAGCAAUUUUCUAUUCAUAAUUUAUUGACGACUCGGGAACUAGAACAGAUGCCAGCGUUUUUAUAACAGUGUUCAAAUACUGCUUGUUAAUCAUACUUCUACCAGUAAUAUCUUUCUUUGCAACCAAAAGACUGUUAGAUAGUUUAGAAUUCACAUCUUUGAAUGCAAAUAUAUAUUCUGCUGUGAGUGCUGUGGUUUGUCUUCAUAUAGCUUUAGGAUUGUAUCUAUUCAAAGCAUACUCUGAAGGUGAAAAGCCUAGAGCACCCCACCAAGCCAAACAAGAUUAAAGCAGCCUCUUCUACGUUUUGUAUUUCUAAAUCCUCGUUAAAUGUUAAGUGAAUGAGUGAGAAUGAGCUUUGAUAAACUUCAAAAUCUUCCUAUAGACAUCGCAAAAGAGCAAUGCCUGUGUGUAUCAACAACGAAUGGAAAAUAUUUCGGAAAAUUCAACAAGAUUUCUUGCAAUGGAAAACGAUUGCAAAUCAAUGAAGUAACAAAUGACAGAAACGAAGUUGUUGGAAAGUUUAAAUGUUUCAACGAAAGCGACGUGAAAUCAGUUAAAUUUAUUAAUCAUCGUCCAUUCAAUGUUUGUGAUGAGGACGAAAAGAAGACAAAUGGUUUAGAUUUAAAGUUUAAUUGUCGAUUUACAAGUCAAAAGAACGAUCAUAUUUUGAUGUUAAGCAAAAACCCAAUUUUUGUAUCACAAGCUGAUCAAACUUAUUUUCAAGCUCUUUCAAACAUCUCGCAACAAUUCAUUUGUGGAAUGUCAACUCUCGGAACUAACAAAGGACGAAUCUACAACAUUAACUUGCUUACUAUAGCAACAUCUGAAAAGAUCUUCAUAUUUGAUAUGAUUUCCUUAAAUGCAUCAAACGCUAUGAAGGAAUUUCGAAAGAUAUUUGAAGAUGAAUCAAUCAUGAAAAUAGUUUUCAAUAGCGCAAUGUUGAAAGAUAAUUUGAAGAUUAAGCAUAAUGUUGAGUUAAAUGGAUUUUUCGACAUUUCCUUUCCAAUAGCAGAAUUUUACUCCUCACAAUAUAAAUUCCUCGAUUUGAACCAAAGCAUCGAAACUAUUCUUGGAAUAAAUCCGCAAAUAAGAAAUCAAGAAGUAUUUCUUAAACGUCCAAUCAAUCAAGAUAAUCUGAUUGACAUUGCUUUAACUUCUGCUUAUCUCCUUCCCAUGUAUUCAUUCUUAUCGCGAAAAACCUUUUCCAAAUAUUUCGAAAAGAAAAUUGAAGCAAUCAAACCACAUCCAAGCAUUGAGCAUUUGAUGAAGCAAUUAAUUUUUUAAGUCACAAUGUUGAUCAUCGUAAACCUUACGAACUUUUACAUUCCUUCUUCGUCUUAGAUUAAAUAUUAACGGUGGCAAAAUAUCACAUAGAACUUUACAUUUAAUUAAGUAAAGUGAAUUCUCGUUAUAACAUACUCUCGUUAUAACAUUUCUCUCGUUACAACAUUCACUUCGAAAAUCAUUUCGAACGAAAUCUGGAACAAAAUUUUCUCGUUUUAACAUCUUUUUUC